CGCUCUUGUGCGGUCAACUGCGUGUGUAGUGGCUGCCGGUGCGUUGUUUGUGUUAUUGGUGAUUUUGUGACUAAAUACAUCCGCCUGGACGUUACUUGCCGGUUCCAGUUUAUCGGUCGAGUGCGUGCCGCGAGUGCAGUGCAGUGAAGUGCGCGGUCGUGUUACAUGCGCGCCGCAGUGUAAGUGCUUUACCUAAAAACAUCAUGAAGCACUUGGGCGUGCUUCUUUUUCUUAUGCUCUCCAUCUCCUUAGGGAGGUGUGAAGAUGACACGAUGGGUCCUAUCUUCAUCAAGGAGCCGCAGAACAGGGUAGACUUCAGCAACACCACGGGGGCGACCGUGGAGUGUUCAGCGAGAGGGCAUCCUCCCCCGGAGAUCAUCUGGGUCCGCGCCGACGGCACGGCGGUGGGGGACGUUCCUGGACUGAGACAGGUUCUCGGCAAUGGAAAUCUCGUCUUUCCUCCGUUCCGAGCAGAGGAUUACAGACAAGAAGUUCAUGCUCAGGUUUACGUCUGUCUCGCCAAAAAUUCCGUGGGUUCCAUACACUCACGGGAUGUCAAUGUUAGAGCAGUGGUAAACCAAAAGUAUGAAGCGGAGAUCAUGACAGAAUAUGUCAUUCGGGGGAACACUGCUGUCCUGAAGUGCAGCAUUCCCUCCUUUGUAGCGGAUUUUGUCCAAGUGGAAUCGUGGAUAUCAGAGGACGGGAUGUUGUUUCAACCUCCUUCUCGGACAGACGGGCAGGAGGUUUAUGAUGGCAAGUACCUGGUGCUUCCUUCAGGAGAGUUACACAUCCGGGAUGUUGGCCCGGAAGAUGGCUACAAGUCGUACCAAUGUAGAACCAAACAUAGGCUAACAGGAGAGACUAGACUGAGUGCAACUAAGGGAAGACUUGUCAUCACUGAACCAACAAGUAACAUUGCCCCAAAAGUUCCUGGCAAAAAGUACGAAGGAGGGGAAAUAGUGUCUCCUUCCAAAGACUCUACAGUGUACCUAACUUGCCAUGUGGUAGGGUACCCUGUGCCUAGAUAUAGGUGGUACAAAUUUAUUGAUGGAACGUCAAGAAAGCAAGCAGUUGUUAUGGAUGACAGAGUGAAACAAGUAUCCGGGACCCUCAUAAUCAGGGAAGCAAAGGUGGAUGACUCUGGUAAAUAUUUGUGUGUUGUCAACAACUCCGUGGGUGGCGAGAGUGUGGAAACCGUACUCACUGUCACAGCCCCACUGUCGGCAACUGUAGAGCCGACGACACAAACAGUGGACUUUGGUCGACCAGCAACGUUAACUUGCAACUAUGAAGGGAACCCUGUGAAAACUAUCGGCUGGCUGAAGGAUGGAAAACCUCUAGCAGGGCAUGAGGAACCUGUGCUCAAAAUAGAUUCUGUACGCAAGGAAGACAAAGGCAUGUACCAGUGUUUUGUUCGCAAUGAACAAGAGAGCGCACAAGCCAGUGCGGAACUCAAGCUAGGAGGACGAUUCGAACCUCCUCAAAUAAAACACGCGUUCAGUGAAGAAACAAUGCAGCCUGGACCAUCUGUGUUUCUCAAGUGUAUUGCCACUGGAAACCCUUCACCGGAGAUUACGUGGGAACUCGACUCCAAGAAACUUGCCAAUACUGACAGGUUGCAAGUAGGGCAGUACGUUACUGUAAAUGGUGAUGUUGUUUCACACCUAAACAUCUCUUCAGUUCACACCAACGACGGAGGACUUUACAAGUGUAUUGCAACCAGCAAGGUCGGUUCUGCCGAGCAUGCAGCACGUCUCAACGUGUACGGACUUCCGUUUGUUCGACCAAUGGAGAAGAAGGCAAUCGUCGCUGGAGAAACCCUCGUGGUCACUUGUCCUGUGGCUGGCUACCCCAUAGAGAGUAUUGUCUGGGAGAGAGAUCAAAGACUGUUACCGAUCAAUAGAAAACAAAAGGUUUUUCCCAACGGAACUUUGAUCAUCGAGAACGUCGAGAGGCAAAGCGAUCAAGCAACGUACACUUGUGUAGCUCGGAAUGCUCAAGGAUAUAGUGUGCGAGGAACACUUGAAGUCCAAGUAAUGGUCCCGCCGUCCAUUUCGCCCUUCUCUUUCGGGGCAUUGCCAAUGAAUGCGGGAGGUUUCGCCUUGGUCCAGUGUGCUGUAACCACCGGAGACUUGCCACUUAAUAUCACUUGGAGAUAUCCGGGCGACCAUCGAGUGACGUCUGUUCAAAACUCUCAACGCCCCAAAGUUACUGUUACUAAGAUGGGAGAGCGGGCCGCCAUGCUGUCCAUUGACGUUCUCACAGCCGAACACACAGGGAACUACACAUGUAUUGCAAGCAACGCAGCCUCGUCCACUUCUUACACGGCCGAGCUCCAUAUAAACGUUCCUCCUCGAUGGAUUCUUGAGCCAACGGAUAAAGCUUUUGCUCAAGGUAGUGAUGCCAAAGUUGAGUGUAAGGCCGACGGAUUCCCUAAGCCCUCAGUUACGUGGAAAAGGGCGUCUGGGGAUUCACCGGGAGAUUAUAAAGAUCUGAAACCUAACAAUCCUGAUAUUAAAGUGGAAGAUGGAACGUUAUUGAUUAACAACAUACAGAAAACCAACGAAGGAUAUUACCUUUGUGAAGCUGUUAAUGGUAUUGGAUCUGGACUUUCUGCGGUCAUUAUGAUCAGUGUUCAAGCUCCGCCCCAGUUUGAGAUCAAACUGCGUAACCAGACUGCUCGGGUGGGUGAGCCGACUGUACUACAGUGUGAAGCGAAGGGAGAGAAGCCUAUUGGCAUCUUGUGGAACAUGGACAACAAACGGCUCGACCCCAAGAAUGAUAUUUCUAACAGGUAUACAAUUCGUGAGGAGAUCUUACCGAACGGAGUUCUCUCAGACCUUAGUAUCAAGAGCACAGAACGAUCUGACUCUGCUCUCUUUACUUGUGUAGCGACAAAUGCUUUCGGCAGUGAUGACACCAGCAUCAAUCUCAUUGUUCAAGAGGUUCCUGAAGCUCCGUAUGGUCUGAAGGUUUUGGACAAGUCUGGAAGAUCAGUCCAGUUAUCGUGGAAUGCUCCGUAUGAUGGGAAAUCACCAAUCACUAAAUACCUCAUACAGCACAAAAUCUCCAAAGGUACAUGGCAGCAAGACCAAGACACAGUCCUAGUCCCAGGGUCCAACACUGUUGCUGGUGUGUUCAAUCUCCGCCCAGCCACAACGUAUCAUCUCCGCAUUGUAGCAGAGAAUGAGAUCGGAGAGUCUGAUCCCUCGGACACCGUCACAAUCAUCACAGCUGAGGAGGCACCAAGCGGUCCUCCCACGGGAGUCAAGGUGGAAGCUAUGGACCAGAACACUCUUCGAGUGACUUGGAAGCCACCAGAGAGAGAAGAAUGGAACGGAGAAAUCCAAGGAUACUACGUCGGAUACAAACUUACCUCAUCAGACAAACCUUACCUGUUUGAGACUGUGGAGUUCAGCAAAGAAGAGGGCAAAGAACAUCACCUGCAGAUUGGCAACUUGAAGACCUACACACAGUACAGCGUAGUGGUUCAGGCCUUCAACAAGCUCGGUGCUGGCCCGAUGUCUGACGAGGUGAGGCAGUACACAGCCGAAGGUAUCCCGGAACAGCCACCCCAGGACACGACCUGUACGACCUUGACCUCCCAGACCAUCCGGGUGUCCUGGGUGUCACCUCCGCUCACAGCGGCUAACGGAGUCAUCAAGGGGUACAAGGUGGUCUACGGGCCGAGUGACACGUGGUAUGAUGAAAACACAAAGGACACAAAGAUUACAUCGUCCAGUGAAACAAUACUUCACGGCCUCAAGAAGUACACCAACUACAGCAUGCAAGUGUUGGCCUUCACAUCUGGAGGUGACGGAGUGAGGAGCGCUCCCAUUCACUGUCAGACUGAACAGGACGUCCCUGAGCCUCCCUCAGCAGUCAAGGCCUUGGUGAUGACUGGAGAGUCGAUACUGGUUAGCUGGAAACCUCCGACUCAACCUAACGGAGUCGUAGUGCAGUACACUGUCUAUGUCAAAGAGGAGAUUGAAGAAGCUAAAGAUGAGGAACCUAAGAGCACCAAGGUACCUCCAUUUCAAAUGAGCUACGAAGCCACUGGUCUGAAGAAGAAGGCUCGUUACGAGUUCUGGGUAACAGCUUCCACUAACAUUGGAGAAGGUCAACCAUCCAAACCAGUCCAGUUGGCUCCCAGCAACAGAGUCCCAGCAAAGAUUGCAUCUUUCGAUGACAAGUUCACAGCCACUUACAGAGAAGACGUAAAACUCCCAUGUUUAGCUGUGGGAGUUCCAGCGCCUGAGGUUAAGUGGAAGGUGAAGGGAACACUAUACACGUCUGAGUCGAGUGAUCGCAUGCGUCAACUACCCGAGGGCUCCCUCCUCAUCAAAGCAGUCACCAGGACAGAUGCCGGGGAGUAUUCUUGCUCUGUGGAAAACUCGUUCGGUCAAGAUUCAGUUACACACCAGCUUGUUGUUCUUGCACCUCCUCACAUGCCCCAAGUCACACUGACGGCCACGACGACAAACUCCAUCACCAUGAAGCUGAAGCCUCACCCAGCUGACAUUGAGCCUAUUCAUGGAUACACAGUCAAGUACAAGCCAGAGUUUGGUGAUUGGGAGACAGCUCAGGUGCCUGCCACAGCUCAGAAAUACACCUUGGAGAACCUGUGGUGUGGAUCUCGCUACCAGAUCUCCGUCACUGCUUAUAACAGCAUUGGAACAGGAGAUGAGUCAGAUGUGCUGAAUACAAGGACGAAGGGAUCAAAGCCGAUCAUUCCUGAAGCGAGUCGCUUCAUUGAAGUGUCCACAAACUCUAUCACGCUUCACCUCAGCGCUUGGUCUGACGGUGGCUGUCCCAUGCUGUACUUUGUGGUGGAACAUAAGAAGAAGGCACAAACUGAGUGGAACCAGGUAUCCAACAAUGUGAAGCCCGGAGGUAACUUUGUGGUGCUGGACCUUGACCCGGCCCAGUGGUACCAUUUGCGAGUCACGGCACACAACAACGCAGGGUUCGCUGUGGCGGAAUACGAGUUUGCCACGCUUACCAUCACAGGAGGGACGAUUGCUCCUCCAAUGAGAGGCGGGAUACCCACGGUUCACCAGUUCUUCCCAUGGAUCCCCGGAUGGGUGGACUUGAACAUUGUGGUCCCUGUUGGGGCGACAAUCGUCGUGCUGCUGGUCGGAAUCAUCGUUGUUUGCGUCGCGUUUGCUCGUCGCUCUCGUGGCCCUGAACAAACCAGGCUGCGAGGUGACAUAUACGACAUCGUCUACAACCAGUCCAUGGUCGGAGGCAACACCAUUGACAAGAGACGGCCCGACCUACGAGACGAGCUCGGAUACAUCGCUCCGCCUAACCGCAAACUUCCUCCCGUCCCUGGGUCCAACUACAACACGUGUGAUAGAAUCAAGCGAGGUCACGGAGGCUCUUACCGAGGACACACGACGUGGGACCCUCGCCGUCACAUGUACGAAGAGUUACGAGUUCACGGCCCCAGGGGACGGCUCCCCCCGUGCCCUGGGUCCGAUGAAACCAUGUACCACCAUGCAGGUAUGGAGGAUGAGAUCUGCCCAUACGCUACGUUCCAUCUGCUGGGUUUCCGGGAAGAGAUGGACCCGAGCAAGGCCGUGCAGUUCCAGACAUUUCCUCACCAGAACGGACACUCUGGUACGCUCGGGCCUAACGGAGUCCCAGCUAACGGCCACGUACACCACCGCAGUGGCUCCCAGUCUAUGCCGAGAGCUAAUGGUAGGUACUCCCGCGUUGGAGGUCCCAACUCUACCUUCUCUCCUGAGUAUGACGACCCUGCCAACUGUAAUCCCGAGGAGGAUCCUUACGGCAGCCAGUACUCGCCUUACGGAGCUCCUUACGACCAUUACGGCAGCCGCAACUCUGUGGGUAGGCGGAGUGUAGGUUCCGCUCGCAACUUACCGCUUUCCAGCAGCCCUGAACCCCCUCCACCACCACCUCGCAACCACGAUCCCAACAACUCUGCUAACGACUCUAAGGAGAGUAACGAGAUCUCAGAGGCCGAAUGUGAUCGUGAUCAACUCGUCAGCCGCAACUACGGAGUCAGUGUGAGGGCCAACUCCAAGGACAUGACCACAGAAGAGAUGAGGAAACUGAUUGAGAGAAACGAAGCAGGGCUCCAACAACUCCAAAACGGAGGGCUCACAACCUACGAUACUGUGGCAGUGUAACCUCUAGUGCCAGUCCGAGGCGUAGAGCGGCAGCGGCAGUCAACGUUUGGGCACACUUUGUACUGAGUAGCGGGAAAUUGUUGGGAGGAUUCAAUAGUCAGAGCUCGACAGUCAUAAGAUAUCAAGUUUCCUUCUUUUACUUAUGGUUUUGUCUCGUUGUAAAUCAAUCUUUUCUCACAGCACUUAUACUGAGUCAAAUUUUAAAACUAGAUUAGUUUUUAUCUUUUAAUGUUUAAGUUUUAGAAUUAGUUUCAAAAAACUAAAAGCGACGCCGUUUUUGAAAAGCUGAUAAUUUGUCUUCCUUCAACGAUCCAGCACAUUUCCUGUAGUGUCCAAACUUUCACAGUAUCGUCGAUUGUCCCUCAUCGGUCUGCCGUCACGAUACUAAGCUCAAAACAUUAUAAAAGCAUGUAACAUUGUGAUAUUUCUUUCGUUGUGUGUAUAUUAAUUAAGUAUUGAUUUCUUCCCGCUUCAUUUCGCGCUCAUUUCUACGUUGUUGAGUUUGUUGUGAGGGCACAAAUGUUGGAUACAGUAAUGUUUAAGACGAGUUGUCGCUUCAGUCCCGCCGGAUAAGAGAAGUAGGAUUUUUCGUUAAGUUGUCCGUUAGAAGGUACACAGAAAAUAAAAUUGACUGAAACAACUUGACUGAAACGUUUCUUUAUCCAGCGCUAGACGUAGACUUUAGGAGUGUAGAUACUAAACCAUUAGGUCUUGGAGUUUACUUGAGUUUGUAUUUUAUAUGUCAUUAUACUAUUAAGUGAUAUAAAUGGAUUUGUCAUGAUCGUAUUUAUGUCUCUACGCGAUGUGUCGUCUAGUCGCGUCUCGAUGCCCCCGAAUCCAUCGAUGUAUAUUACAUUUUAGUUAGGCUUUUCUUCAAUAAUUGUUAAGUAUACCUAGUUUUGCAACUUGUAAUAUAUUAAUCAUUAACUAUCGAUAUAAGCGUUAGGAUUAUGAGAAAUAAUUACGAUAUAUAAAUAUUGGAAUUUUGAGUCUUCGAAAUCAUCGAAAACAAUUUGUAGAUUAGUUUUCGUGUCUGUCGUCGGUUUCCAUCUGCCGAUAUAGCUUGAAAACGUUUUAUUUGCCGAAGACGGAAGCUUUGUUUGCCAACUAUAGCAGCCUCUGUGCAUGAUGGGUUUCUUUUGUACAUAACAGUCUCAGUUUGUCAUGUUACCUACUUCGUUAUCUUACACAAAGGCAUUUAACUUCCUUCGAUAGAAUAUUAUAUAUUUUGAGAUGAUAUAGUCCAGUUUUCUAUAGCUUUCGGUGUUGUAGACCUCUAGCUCUAAGCGUAACACUAAGUACUAGUCUUAUCGAAACGGACUUACAGCUGUAGCAAAAAUCGUAAAUUUGUCUAUUUAAAUGCCAUUAAAUAUACUAAGUAUUUUAAUAUCUCGUCGGAUACUUUUAGUUUUUGUAUGAAUCUAAAUCGUUGUACAUUAUACACUAAAUGUGUUUUGUUCGAUAUUUAAUUUGUAUAGAUUUUUUUUUAAUGAAUGUGAAUAUCAAGUCCAGCCAUGUGUCUCCUUGUAUUCCUGGUGUAUGUUUGACAGACCCUGACACCGUUACUCGGGAGAAUGAGUAUCCUGGUGCUAAGCGACGUUAUCUAAGCUAGUUGUUCCUCCCGAUUCGUUAAUUUACUGGGCGGUGUUCAUGUGUUUACAGUUUUACACCUAGGUGUUAUUUUAAUAUUGUCUAAUAUAAUAGAUAGGAGAAGCAGCAUCCAUAAUCGUCGGUUAUUUCCCUCUGCUUGAGCGGUUAUCACUUGUCUUUUUCGUGUAUUAAAUAUUACUGAAAGUGUCUCGGUUUUUAACUGCUUAGGCAUAUUUUGUAUACACAACUUAAGAAUAUAAUUGUUUCAAAUCUUUAUGUGACUCUGAUGAUUGCAGUUUUAAGUAAAUGCUAUUUGUACCAAAGUUGUAGACUUAAUUUUAGAAAUUUUGUGUUAAUAAAGAUUGACAAAUCA